AGUCACCACUCAAAUCUGGUACCUGACGAAUUAUCAAUCUAUCCGUAUGAAGAGAACUCUACGCAUGCGCUGUGCGAAGUGAUAAAGCGAGCCGCUCAGGCGAGUGAGGCCAACGAGGGGCGCAGCGUGCGCGUACGUCUGCGACUGGCUUCCUGCGACCCGCGACUUCCCUUGGGCCGCCCCCAACGCCUCUAGGACUGAAGUCGGUUUUCUUCGCAACAUGGCAGGCCGUCUGCCAGCGAUCGUGAUAGACAAUGGCACCGGCUACACAAAGCUUGGAUUUGCUGGGAACAAGGAACCACAAUUCAUCAUACCAUCUGCCAUAGCAAUACGUGAGAGUGCCAAAAUUGGAGACCAGGCAACCAGAAGACUAGCCAAGGGAAUUGACGACUUGGAUUUUUUUAUUGGGGAUGAGGCUCUUGAUGCUUCUGGCUAUGCUGUAAAGUACCCCAUUCGCCAUGGCAUUGUGGAAGAUUGGGACUUGAUGGAACGUUUUUGGGAGCAGUCCAUUUUCAAGUACCUGAGAGCUGAGCCUGAGGACCACUACUUUUUAUUAACGGAGCCUCCCCUCAACACCCCUGAAAACCGGGAGUACACGGCCGAGAUCAUGUUUGAGUCAUUCAAUGUUCCAGGGCUCUACAUCGCUGUACAGGCAGUUUUGGCCUUGGCUGCAUCCUGGACAUCUCGCCAAAUGGGAGAGCGAACCCUCACUGGCCUCGUGAUUGACUCAGGAGAUGGUGUGACACAUUGCAUUCCAGUUGCCGAGGGCUACGUAAUUGGCAGUUGCAUCAAGCACAUUCCCAUUGCGGGCCGCAAUGUAACUUACUUCAUUCAGAACCUUCUGCGUGAGCGCGAGGUUGGCAUUCCACCAGAGCAGUCAUUGGAGACUGCCAAGGCCAUCAAGGAAAAGUUGUGCUACAUCUGCCCUGACAUUGCUAAAGAAUUCUCAAAGUAUGACCAAGAACCCAGCAAGUGGAUCAAGAAGUAUGAUGGCAUAAACACUGUGACUAAACAGCCGUUCAGUGUGGACGUUGGUUACGAGCGCUUUCUUGGUCCCGAGAUUUUCUUCCACCCAGAGUUCUCCAACCCUGACUUCACAACACCCAUAUCAGAGAUUGUGGAUACAUGUGUGCAGAGCUGUCCCAUUGAUGUACGUCGUCCCCUCUACAAGAACAUUGUCCUCUCUGGUGGCUCCACAAUGUUCCGUGAUUUUGGCCGCCGCCUGCAGCGCGACCUGAAGCGUGUUGUUGAUGCACGGCUCAAGUUCAGUGAGAAGCUGAGUGGAGGCCGUAUCACGCCCAAACCGAUGGAUGUGCAGGUGAUUUCUCACCAUAUGCAGAGAUAUGCAGUCUGGUUUGGUGGCAGUAUGCUGGCCUCUACGCCCGAAUUCUACCAAGUAUGCCACACAAAGAAAGCGUAUGAAGAGUGUGGCCCUAGCAUCUGCCGCCAUAACCCAGUGUUUGGUGCCAUGACGUAGGGUGCAUUUCAAACCACUGAAUCCAUGUUCUGAAUAGAAUGGGUGACACAUUGGUGGUCAUUGAACUUCAAAAUGGAUAUUUCAUACGAAUUUGUAUACAUCUUUAAUUUCGAAGGUUCCUUUUUCUUUUUUAAGUUAUAUGGUGUAACUUGAUUGUGAUUUUCAGUACAGCAGUCGCUACAGCUGGCAAUAUUUUUUUUUCUUUUAAGGACUCUCAAUCAAUUUUGUUGUGCUGUUUAGCUUAAGUUUCGCAUUGUUUUUUUGUUGGUCAAUGGAUUUUGUAGUGUCCAGCUCCUUUCGUUUGACUGUUCAAUCUGUAAAGUUCAUUACGAAAGUUGGCAAGUAAAAUUAUGCACGUAUGUAAUAACUUAUGCAGUUGUUUUUACUUUUGAACAUCACUUUUCUUUAGUUUGGCCAAGCAUUGAAUCUUUCUGCUUGCCAUUGUUUUUAGCAACUCGGUAUUACAAUGGGAACAGAGAUAAAGUAUGAAUUUUGGAAAACAUUUACACUUCUCUUUUCUGUUGUAUUGCAAGUUUUCACCUUUACCUGAACUUGUGUUUCAACAAAUGAAGUCGGAUCUGUACACUUUUCUAACGAAAUCUGUUGAGUAAGUAGUAACAUGUUUGUAGCCUGCAGUGGUGUAUAAAAUGCUAAGCUUUGUGAAUGACUGAGAACGACCCUGGGAGUAAUAAAGUGGAUAUUGAUUCGUUUA